AUGGGCUGCAAUUGUAUGAUGAGGACUCUUUUGACAGCAACGAGUGUCUUCGAGAUUCUUCUAGAUAAUGGCGUCUUUCUCCUCUUCAAUUUCUAUUGUCAAUACGCCUUUGCUAUAAUCACUUACACAGGAAUUAUCAUCAUAGCCUUGAAUCGAUUGCUGGCCGUUUUCCAUCCGCUUCAGUAUUCAAAGGUGUUCUCCCUGGAGUUAACCUUUUACUACCUCAUCCUGCAAUAUGUCAUUGCUUUUGGUGUGCCAAUUUUUAUUCUCUUUGGCCAAACCACCGUCACUAAAGUCGGCAAUCAAACAAUUGCCACGGCAAAUGAUCUCUCAAAAGUGAUUUGGUGGUCAAUAGCCGGAAUCCUAGUCUUCUGUAUGCUCAUUUCAAUCAUCGUCAAUCUGUUGACCGUUUGUACUUUGCGGAGGUCGAGCUUCAAGAAAGCGAGUAAAGUGGAAACGAGGCUGCUCAUCGUUUCAAUAAUCACAACAGCAGUCUACACAAAUGUCGCCUUGUUUCAAAUCUUUGCCGGUUUUGCACUCGUCUUCGGCACACUGGGGCUGAUUCAAGUGGCAAAUUCGCUGACUGUCGCUGUCCGCGACUUGGCCAACUGUGUCGACUGUUUAAGCAUCCUUUGGCUCUGUACAGACUUGCAGAAAUGGAUCAGAAAAGUCAAAUAUGUAAAAGAUCGACCAAAAGCCACUGUCUUGUCCGUAACCCAACGCGAA